CACACCCCCGCCCCCUCUUCCUUGCUCACUGUGCGCUUAGAGGAAUGUAAUACGUUACACCAGCGAGAGAGAGAGAGAGAGAGAGAGAGAGAGAGCAUUGAUUUCAUGCUGUGUUUCAUUGCUACGCAACAUUCGGGAAUGGAAGGAAGGCAGCGGAUUUUGUCGAGUGUUUUUGUGCAACUCGCCACUCGGGGUCGGUGUCCGGUGCGAUGACGGGCUCGAGGAGGUGGAAGAAUUGGGAUGACUGCGAAGGUCUCACUUCGCAGACUUGGGUUGGUGUAAGAGUUUCGUGGAGCAGUUUUGCGGGUUCCUCGCUGAGAGUUCGUGGGUUGCGCAAGAGUUCGUACUUCGUUGUGUUGUUUCCAAUCUUUUUGGUCUCUUUGAAGACUCGCAGAGACUGCCUUGUUUAGCAUGUGGAUUAUGGGGUCUGUGGUGGUUGGAUACCACUGCAAUUGUGGCUGUUGACCUCCGGUGCUUUUGAAAAUAACGCACUCGGAUCAGACCAUCGAGGAACAACUGUAUAUUUACGCCAAGAAGUGUGCAACGGACACUAGGUUGUCGUUGUCUUCAAGAAUCAGAUGAUCAGCAAGCAUUAUGCGUCUAAUUUAGUCCCUUGUGCCUUUCCACCUUUGCACCUGAUAAUGCGGUGUUAGCAACCUCGCAAUGUACCAUCCAUAGCCACUGGGCUUUGGAGAGUAUCUUCUGGAGCUAUCAAGGAACUCGCCUCUCUUCAGGAUCACCACGCAUUACAGAAACCACGAUGAGCUGGAUAAAAAAAGACAUACCCUUUUUCGUAUCUUUCAGCAUUGAUCUGCAUUUGUGCGGUUAAUGUAUUUGAGGCUCGUUGGCAUUCUUGAUUCCUCUCCGCUUGAUUAGUACCGGUAGUUUCAUAUGGUCAAUAUGCCCGGAUAGCCACUUGUGCAGUUGCACAUGUGUCAUAUGCAACAAAUGAAGAUCAAAACUCACUUGAGUUAUGACUGCUUCGCGUGUAGGUCAAAUGCCAUCAUCUAUGGGAUUCUCAAUAAACCGCCAUGACCUAGGCGAUAACUCUUCAAGGAGGGUUGCCCUCUUGUUUACACCUAUCACCUAAAAACAUCUCUAGGAGCAUAUAAAAUCUUAGAAUUGCCUUCUGGAAGAACUCACGGAAUCUCGCGGAGGCAUUGCCAUCUGACAGAGCCUCUUGGAUAUGUCGUCGACAGAGAUACGAGAGAACGUUAGAUACACUUCUGAUUGCAUAAUGAAACCAAUUACAAGUAGAAAGGAACCAAGUAAGCAUUUCUGUGGGAUAAGAGUAACAGCAUCUCUCAGCUAUCUCACCUAAAAAUUCAAGGGAAUUUCAGAGAUGAGCGAGGAUAACUCCGCUACACUGAGGAAGCUACAAGUUGUGUGAUAGAAGCUUCAGCAAAGAAUCAGAAUUGAGAGCCAAUGCUUGGCGGUGAUUUCCCCACUUUGAGCCAAUCUCAAGUCAGGCAUGCGCAGUUUUCGAAUCACAUCGGAAGCACUUGCGGGGAGGAGUCCAUGGAAAGGAGAGGAACUUUCCAUUCAUUUUUCGGAAAGUCAACUCCCACCCAAGAAGGCACCACAAAGAAAAGCUCCAGCGCUUUAGCAUCAACAUUGUCCACCUGCCAGAUUCCAGUUCUAGGCCAUCAUGUAUGCGACUUUAACUCAGUCUCAAAAUCACCAGGUGGGACAAGCAUAUUAGUAGGAUGCGUUUUGGGGAAGGCUAUUGUCAAACCCAAACAGCAAAUUCGAGGAUCUGUCAAGCGCAAUCCUGGCGAGGAUAGGAAGGAGCUCUUGGCUACAUCACCCCUUAAUAAUGGACCGACUUUGAAUGGUAAGGGAAGGACUGGCAUCUUGACGUUUCCUCGAUCAAUUUCAGUAAACGGCCCCCGCAUCGGCAACCUGAACUCGCCUCCCCCUUCACAGAAAUUCUUAGGGACAACCAUGACCUUCCUAUUUGAUAAGGUGGCCAGCGUCACCGAUUGCCGAAGCACUGGGCAUUUUGUCCUUCCAAAGAGGAAAGUGGAGGAACACUUUCCGCCAAUCAACAAGCCGGGAGGAAUUUGGAUGACACUUGUGGAUGCCACGGGAAAGGAAUGGUCCUUCGAGUUCUGCUUCUGGCAUAGUAAGGAGAGUCGAAUUUACUACUUCAAGAAAUUUUAUCCAUAUGUCCAAUCAACAGACCUACGUGGUGGUGAUACAGUUUUCUUCAGCAGAUUGGAGCCUCAAGGAACAUUGUUUAUUGGCUAUCGCAAGCAGAAACCUCCACCGCCGAAGCAAAUGAAAGCGUUGAAUUGUGGUGCUUCAAAGGACCAGUUUAAAGAAAGGGAACAUUCAAAUGGAGGACUUACGUAUCUUGCAAAUGACUGGAGCCCAUCUCUUGAGGAAGUCGCAACUCGACAAAAAAAACCUACAAAAUUAUCGGCUGAUGAUGCAAAUGUUGAUUACGCCCUAGACAGAGGUAUAAUCCAGCGUAAGAAGAAGAGAAAGAAGGAGUUUCCCCCACUCUCGCUUGCCCAACGGACUAAGGUCAUAGAUCACUUGGCAGUAGGUGAAGCUCUGAUAGACAAGAAAUCAACCAGCGGACGGUCUAGUACUCCAGAUACCUUCCAGCAUGAUGACAGGAUAGCAGGGGUGCUUGGCUCAAAGGGUAAAAGGCUGCGAGUAAAUGCGGAUGAGUACGCUGAAUGGAAAGAAAUGCAGGAUCUGCUUCGACCAGCACCUGGUGCUCUCCCUACAGUUCUCACUAUUGAAGGUCACGAUUUUGAAGAAUACGAGGCGCCUCCUGUUCUUAUCACGAGAACUUACCACAGCCCUGAAGCACAUGGGGAAAAUCAAUGGGUGAAGUGCAACGACUGUGGGAGCUGGAGAAGGCUGUCCGCUGAUGCUUUUGUUCCUGCAGGAUGGAUUUGUUCUGACAGCGAUCUAGAUCAAGGAAGGGCAUAUUGCAACGCACCACAAGAACUUAGUGACCACGAAAUUCAUCAACUCCUAGGAUUGGGCUUAGACGCAGAGGGCCGGACAGAGACCCAAGAGGACCUGAAUGAAGAUGGAGAUUGGACAACCCCUGAGCAUCUUUAUUCAGCCCAAGCAGACGUAUGCGCUUAUAAACAGCCGACGCUAUGGAGCGCAGCGAUGGCUUUGGUUGACGGGUCUUUGCAUAGGGGUACUGAAUCAUACUCGGAGCUCAAGAGCUGCGAAUCCGACACCUCAGUUCCAGAAUUCACAGACCAUGGUCCAGGUAUGGCCUUGCAGUCACCCCGGUUGAAACAAUUUUGCGACCUUAUAGAAGACUCAUCUUCAAGGAGGUCAACUUUUCUAGAAACUAGAGGUAGGAAAGUUUAUGAGAAUCCAACAGACAGUGAUGAGUUCGUAGACCCAGCGGGAGCUGCGAAAGGAUACGAGAUACCCAGAGCAGACUGCUAUGACUUCUUAGGCCCAGUUGGCAAGGUACUAACGCCACGUAGCGAAAUACAACCAGUGACACAGCAUCCUCUCACUACCAUGUGAUCAAAAUACAUAAGCAAUGUCGGAGGGUACGGAGCUAAGUGUAAGAUCCUAGCCAACCGUCGAGUAUUACAUUGAUCUUCACUGAAGCCUACAUCUUGCUGACUUGGGACAAACAGGCCCAAACCUCCGGCUCCUCUGCUAUGAACGUGGAUUUCAUUACUCAACCAUGAGAAGAGUGACCUAUCCACUAGAUGUAAAUCUCUCCAAGCCCAUCAACUCCAGUUUUGGGAUAAUCAACAAAAUCUGUCAAGGAUGAAUGAUCUUCCUGUACAUGAAACACGUCAAAGUGAGAGCCUGGAGUCAUAACUCCAUCGGCAGUUACAAGUUUUCCAGAGGUCUAGUUCCCUCUACCAAGUACCCCUCAGGUCAAUUGUAGAAGCAGGUCAUGCACCAGUUAAGAGUGCUCUGCACUCCAGUAACAAUCAGUGUAUAGUCCAUUUGCCUAGUUAUCGAGGGUAUCAUAAUGCAUGCAUGGCUGGUUCCGCUGUGUCACCGACAGGAUGCAUCCAUUCAACUUUCAGGGCAGAAAACACCACAAGUGUUCAUAAUUUUAGCUAGUUUUUCAGGAUUGCUACAGACUGAAAUUUUGUGGACAUGUGCCAAUUUUUAAAGUCAGGCGCAAGGCACCACAUAGCUCACGCUCACACAGAGAUCUAUUCCCUCUCGUAGCUCUGUUAAUCCAUUUUCUUCAAUGAGCAGUUGAUCUUCUGGAAAUGUCUUGGAAUUAAAAUGCUCUAUUCAAA